UAAGUGACGACAGACUUGUAGCAACUUUGCGGAAGUGCGUCAUCCUCGGCGGAAGACAGCAUGUCGUCGCUACUUUACCGCGGCCUGUCGCCGUCGCUCGGCGGUUUGCGAGGGAUCGUGGCCGGCUUCGGUGGCGCACGGGGGUGCAAGCGGCACCGGCACACGGAGGCCGGAGGUGGCGCCCAGGAGGUGGAACUCAAGAGACUGACCGGGGACGACGAAGGUAUUGUGGAAGUGUUAAUGCGCAGACACGAGGCCCGAAACUCGUUGGGCCAUGUGUUUGUGUCACAGAUGCGGACGCUGGUGUCCACAAUGGCCGACGACUCGAGGGUGCGCGUGGUUGUCUUCAGGAGUUUGGUUCCAGGCGUUUUCUGUGCAGGCGCUGACCUGAAAGAAAGAGCCGUGAUGAACAACCGGGAAUCGGACCUGUUUGUGCACGGCCUGCGAUCCCUCAUGACCCAGAUCGCCUUGUUGCCCAUGCCCACCAUAGCAGCCAUUGACGGUGUGGCCGUGGGAGGUGGGCUGGAGCUGGCCUUGGCCUGUGAUCUGCGCACUGCUGCGUGUUCCGCACAGAUGGGCCUGAUUGAGACGACACGGGGGCUGCUCCCAGGGGCCGGGGGCAGUCAGCGGCUUCCUCGCACCGUGGGCCUGGCCCUGGCUAAGGAGCUCAUCUUCACAGGGAGACGCGUGGGAGGGCAGGUGGCCGCCGAGAUGGGCCUGGUGAACAGAGCGGUGCGGCAGGACCAGACGGGAGAGGCUGCAUACGCGGAAGCGCUCGCCCUGGCCAGAGAGAUCCUGCCCCAGGCUCCCAUCGCUGUGCGGCUGGCCAAAGAGGCCAUGAUCAGGGGCAUGGAGGUUGACAUCACCUCAGCGAUGGCCAUCGAGAGGAUGUGCUACGCUCAGGUCAUUCCGACGCGGGACAGACGGGAGGGAAUGGCGGCCUUCAUCGAGAAGAGACCGCCAAGAUACAUUGGCGAAUAGGCUUUUUGUUUUUUUUGGAGGGGGGGAAUUACCUUUUUUUUUUUUGUCUCUUUUCAA